UAUCAUUUGUUUACUACGAAAUGGACAUUUCUUUCUCUGGCCCAUACGUACUGAACACUCUAGCUAUCUCAUCUAUUUCAGUCCAAAUUUUGAAUACACCCAGAUAGCUAGGUAGGAGUACAAGUUAAUGGAGAUCAAAGAAGAUGGCAAUUGCUUCCACGAAGUCAAAAUCACAGACCAAGAUGGUCUCCUCCGAACCAUCAAGGUUCCAGUGGUCCAACAACUCGCCCUCAACGGCCUCAAACACUUGCCCGACCGGUACAUAAACGUGCCACUAGAUCACCCAGUUGUCUCAUCCUCUGUCUCCGAUCCGUCCCAAACCUUUCCGGCUAUAGACGUGGCCCAAUUGAGAAUUGGGCCGGGAUCGGAGGGUCUGGGGCGGGCCCAAGAGCUUGUUAAGCUUGCUAGGGUGGCUAAGGAAUGGGGUUUGUUCUUGAUCGUCAACCAUGGGAUAGAGGAUUCCGUUUUGCGUGGCGUCGAGGAUGUCGUGAGGGGAUUUUUCGGGUUGUCGUUUGAGGAAAAGAAAUUGAGCGUCCGGACGUACAUGAACGUUGACAACAUGGGUUACGGGCACAAUUUCGUGAGGUCGGAGAAUCAACGGUUGACUUGGAUUGACCGGUUGGCAAUGAAGGCUGCUCCUAGGGAAGCAAGCGAAGGACUCCUUGUUUGGCCUCAAAAUCCAGCCAAUUUCAGGCAAGUCAUGGAGCAAUAUGCAGAGGAAGCAAGAAAAGUGUGCAACCAUUUACUAGAGGCUCUUGCAGAAUCCCUCUCACUAGAGAAACACGUUUUCCUUGAAAACUUUGAUUCCGAAAACAGCGAAAUCAAUGUGAGGGUAAACUACUACCCACCAUGCCGAAGGCCAGACUUGGCCUUGGGCCAACCUUCACACUCCGACGCAAGUGCACUAACUUUACUAAUGCAGUUUGGUGCCACCGGAGGGCUCCAAGUUCUCAAAGACGCGAAAUGGUUCACGGUGCCAUGGCCAGAAAACACGUUGCUAGUCAGUGUGGGGGAUUUGAUGGAGAUAAUGAGCAAUGGGAGGGUAAAGAGCUCAUGGCAUCGGGAGGUGACACUGGCCGAUGUGGAGCGAUUCUCAGUUGCUUUGUUUUAUAAUCCACCGCCCGAGGCGGAGAUUGAACCUGUGGAGGGUGAAGGGCCAAGCGAUGAGAGUUACAAGAAGAUGGUGGUGGGGGAGUAUGUGAGGAAUUUGUGGGGGCUCCGUUCCGGGUGGUUUGUACUUUCUGAAUGUGGGUUCGAGGUCAGCUCCUGGUUCCCUACUCUUGUCCUGCAAAACGAAGCACGACUAAAGAGCACACCGGAGGUUCUCCGGGAUGGCCCUCCGGUGCAAGAGUCAGUUUACUUGCAAGGAAGAAUUAGAGAUUAGGAGCUAGGUUUUUUUUCAAUGCAUACCUCCUCCAAGUAGGCAUAAUGGGAUAUUUAUAAGGAACCUCUUAGCUUGGUCUCCAAGAUUGCACCAACGCUCGACACGCGUCGGCUGACGUCAUUCUUGGGUCACGUUUAGGGUUUUGUAACCGUUUGUAGGAUGAGCUGGAACCUUCACGUGCCACCCCUAUCCUUAUCAUGAUAACUGCUCGGUUGACGUCACGAACGUCACCACGACCUAGGCUGCCGUCCCCACUCAGAUGAAAUAGAAUGUUGGCUAUGCUCUUUCGGCGCCGAACAUGUUAUAUGACCUCGAGUGGUAUCCAAUCCGAACGAGUUUCCCGUUCGUGUGGGUACAGGAAACCGAGGCGAUUAAAGAAGAUGCAACUAACGACACCCUUGGCUAAAGAGGCCUCCGAAUUUCCGAACGUGGAGAAAGAUGACUUAGAAAUGAAAGGGAUACUGGAUCACAUUCGGAACUGCUCGAGCCAUUUGCUCGGCCUGUUACAAAAUUCUUAUAAAUAUAGCCUUGCAAUUGAUAAGCAGCCUAUGACGAAUUUUGCCAAGAAUUGAUCUGUUCGAGUUAUGUGGUGAAUGAUGUAAUGUAUGUGACAGUGAUAGCCUCAAGUUACCAAAAUAAUUGGGUUGUGUGAUUCUCUGUCAUGGAAUGAUCUAUAAACGUACUUUUCGUCU